AUGGAGAACCAAACCCAAGCGUCUGAGUUCAUUCUGUUGGGGUUCACCAAUAUCCCUGAACUGCAACAGCUCCUCUUCGUGUGGCUUUUCUUGGCCUACGUGAUGACCUUCAUGGGGAAUCUCCUAAUUAUCGUCAUCACCUGCUCCGACUCCCGCCUCCACAUCCCUAUGUACUUCUUCCUCAGGAACUUGUCCUUCUUGGACAUCUGCAUAACCACCGUGGUCGUCCCUAAGAUGCUGGCCGAUCUUAGCACACAGAAGAGAACAAUAUCCUUCACCGCCUGCCUCUCUCAGUAUUUUUUCUUUUUUCUCUUCGGGGCUACAGAAUUUUUGUUGCUGGCGGUCAUGUCGCUCGACCGUUAUGUGGCCAUCUGCUACCCACUUCAGUACACCUCCAUCAUGAGCCAAAGACUGUGCAGUCUGCUGGUGAGCGUCGCCUGGAUGGGAGGUCUUCUCCUCAUCGUUACACCUAUCAUUCUGAUCAGCCAGCUCUCGUUCUGCAAAUCCAACGUAAUCAACCACUUCUUCUGUGACUAUACCUUCUUGCUGCAGCUGUCCUGUGGGGACAAGCACCUCCUUGAACUCAUCCAUUUUGUUCAGGCUUUCUUCACCAUUCUAGGCACCUUAUUGCUGAUAGCCGUGUCCUACUUCUCCAUCCUCAUUGCCAUCAUGCGCAUGCCUUUGGCGACGGCACGCCAACGGGCCUUCUCCACCUGCUCCUCCCACCUCCUCAUUGUCCUUAUCUGCUACGGCAGCUGCGUUAUCAUGUACGUCAGGCCCAACCAGGAAGAAGACCUGGACAUCAACAAAGGGCUUGCCCUCAUCAACGCCGUGGUGGCCCCCUUGCUGAACCCUUUCAUCUACACGCUCCGGAACCAGCAAGUGAAGGACGCACUGAGAGAAGCGGGAAGGAGGGUGUUUUCUCCCCAGAGUGUGAGGGGGCUCCAGGCAGUGCAGAAAUAA